CCGGGCCGGGCGUAUUUGAGGCGCAGAGCCGGCCACCGCCCCGGCAGGACCACACCACCCCUGCCCGAACCUCCCCCGCGGCGCGCGAGCCAGUGCAAAGGCGUCGGGAAAAUGGCAGACGGUUUUUCGCUUAAUGAUGCCUUAGCUGGGUCUGGAAAACCAAACCCCCAAGGUUGGCCUGGUUCAUGGGGAAACCAGCCUGCUGGGGCAGGAGGCUACCCAGGAGCAGCCUAUCCUGGGGCCUACCCUGGACAAGGACCUCCUGGCCCCUACCCUGGACAAGGACCUCCUGGCCCCUACCCUGGACAGGGACCUCCUGGGGCCUACCCUGGACAGGGACCUCCUGGGGCCUACCCUGGCCCAACAGCACCUGCUUAUCCUGGACCAACUGCACCAAGUGCCUACCCCGGACCUGGGGCCUACCCACCUCCUGCCUACCCUGCUGCCAGUCCCUAUGGCAUCCCUUCUGGACCCCUGAAUGUGCCUUAUGACCUGCCUUUUCCUGGAGGAAUCAUGCCUCGCAUGCUGAUAACAAUCCUGGGUACAGUAAAGCCCAAUGCGAACAGACUUGCUUUAGAUUUCAAGAGAGGGAAUGAUGUCGCCUUCCACUUUAACCCACGCUUCAAUGAGAACAACAAGAGAGUCAUUGUUUGUAAUUCAAGGCUGAAUAAUAACUGGGGAAAGGAAGAAAGACAAAUGUUUUUCCCAUUUGAAAGUGGUAAACCUUUCAAAAUACAAGUGCUGGUUGAACCUGACCUUUUCAAGGUUGCAGUCAAUGAUGCUCACUUGUUGCAGUACAAUCAUCGGGUGAAAAAUCUGGGGGAAAUCAGCACGCUGGCAAUUUCUGGUGACAUAACUCUCACCAGUGCUUCGCACACUAUGCUAUAAUCUUAAAUGGGCAGAUACUUUUGUAAAGAAAUGAAUUUGAACGUAAACCUUACACAUUUAAAAGUUUCAUGUUGAGUGAAAAAUUUUACCUUUAUUCAUCAAUGUCCUUCUUGUAAAUCACUGAUUUAAUAAAUGUUCUAAGAGUUA